AUGGUCUCUGCUGAAGUGGUUCACGGUUUUCUCAAUGAUCUCGGGAAAGCAAAACUAAAGCUUGAGAACUCUAUGAAGGAUCUUGAUGUGUUACGAACUGAGCUGAAAAAGGUUUACUCUGAACUUGUUCUCAUGAAUUCACAUGUUAAGGAUCUUCUCAAAGAGGAUAUCUUCUCUAAAGAGGUUGUCGAUGCUGUCAGUCACAAGCUUGAAGGUCUUGAAACCCGUGAAGACAUUAUCCCAUCACAAAAUUUGGUUUCUGCUUCAAGGCUACGAUUGGCAGCAACAGAAAAGGCAAAGGGUGAGAAAAUUUUACAGAUAAAGAGAGCAGAGGGUAAGGCUGAAUCUAAAUACCUCUCUGGACUGGGUAUCGCUCGUCAGCAUCAAGCCAUUGUUGAUGGGCUCAGAGACAAUGUAAUAGGGUUCUCAGUCAACGUUCCUGGGACUAAUGCAAAGGAUGUUACGGACAUGGUUUUAGUAACACAAUACUUCGACACAAUGAAGGAAAUUGGUGCAGCCUCUAAAUCCUCUGCAAUGUUUCCAGGUGUUGUUCGCAACGUGGCCACUCAAAUCCCCUGA